AUGUGACAUCACUCUUUCUUUCUCUCUCCUCUCUGUCCUCCUAUCACUCUGCCACAUCCUCUUUAACCCCUCAAACCCUAUUAUUAUUAACCUUCAUUCUUCACAUAAAAUCAGUAGCAAAGAAAACAAAACAAAGAAAAAUCUCAUCUUUCUUCUCAUUUCUCACUCUUUCUCACACCAAUUCUACCUUCUUUCUUCUCAUCUUAAAAUACCCACAAAAACCCAUCUCUUAAUUUUCCCAAAAACCCCAAAAAAAAUUCACUUAAUUUCCCCCAAAAACCCAGAAAAAAAACAGGGGAAGAAGAAAUCAACAAUGGGUGAGAAGAUGGGAGGAGUUUCAACACCUGCAUUGAGUGAAGGAAUCAUAAAAAAAAUCAUCUUGACCUACACUUAUAUCUCAAUUUGGUUGUUUUUCUCAUUCACUGUAAUAAUCUACAACAAAUACAUCCUUGAUAAAAAGCUCUAUAAUUGGCCUUUCCCAAUUUCUCUAACUAUGAUUCACAUGUCUUUUUCUUCAAUCCUUUCUUUCAUUCUUGUUCGUGUUUUUCGUGUUGUUGAACCUCCAAUUCACAUGACUAAAUCACUUUAUAUUUCCUCUGUUUUACCUAUUGGUGUUCUUUUUGCUCUAUCACUAUGGUUGUCAAAUUCUGCAUACAUUUAUCUUUCUGUUUCUUUCAUUCAAAUGUUGAAGGCAUUGAUGCCUGUUAUUGUGUAUUCAAUUGGAGUUAUGCUUAAAAAGGAUACAUUUAAGGGUGAUACAAUGAUCAAUAUGGUAUCGAUUUCGAUUGGUGUUGCGAUUGCUGCAUAUGGUGAGGCUAAAUUUGAUGUAUUUGGUGUGAUUCUUCAACUGGGUGCUUUGAUUUUUGAGGCUACAAGAUUGGUUUUGAUCCAAAUUUUGUUAACUUCAAAGGGUAUACAACUUAACCCAAUUACUAGUUUGUAUUAUAUUGCACCAUGUUGUUUGGUUUUCUUGACAAUUCCUUGGUUGUUUGUGGAAUUUCCAAUUUUGAGGGAACAAAUUGGGGGAUUUGAGUUUGAUUUUGUGAUAUUUGGGACUAAUUCUUUGAUUGCAUUUGGGUUGAAUUUGGCUGUUUUUCUUCUUGUUGGGAAGACUUCUGCAUUGACUAUGAAUGUUGCUGGUGUUGUUAAGGAUUGGUUGUUGAUUGCAUUUUCUUGGUCUGUGAUUAAAGAUACUGUUACUCCUGUGAAUUUGUUUGGGUAUUUGUUGGCUUUUAUGGCGGUUGUGUAUUAUAAUCGUGUUAAGUACCAGAAUUUGAAGGCUGCUGAAGCUCAGAAGAAACAAGUUGUUCUUGAGAGUGAUGAUGAUAAGGAGAGUGGGAAGUUGUUGCAUGAGGCAGAAAGUGAUAAUGUUAAGAAGGGCGAGUCUAAUUAGUACUAGUAAGCAUGGUGAAAAGGUUCCGUGAUCGUGUUUGGUUUCGUGUCAAUUUCGCGCAAAAUGUUACCAUCUUACAGAAAUGGAUCAUUCGGGUUACUUCAGGUCGUGUUCGUGUCGUGUCUGGUUCGGGUUUCAGUCGUGGUGCCUUCAAGUUGCUGUGCAACCUCUUUGAUUCUAGCUCUUCUUUUUUACCUCAUUUUUGUUAAGUUCUUUGAUUCAAUGUAUUUGUAAAACUCUUGAAUGAUUACAGCAAAUUUUACUAGAAAA